AUUUUACUAGUCUUGAAAAGAGUAGGAAGAACAUUCCGUUUAGAUGUUGGUCUAAGGACUACUUCGUGUCAAACGUCAACACAUUAAUACUUAACCCUGUGUCACUCUGCAGCGACUUUCCAACAUUGACGACAACCUGAAGUUGCUGUUUGCGGAUGGGAAAUACGUGUGGCAUCUUCACGGUGACUUGGCGACCAGCAGCCAUCGUGCUGAAGUAUAGGGAGUAGGCCGUCCUACCUCGGCAACGUGUUCCUUCAAUAAACACUAAGCACGUGUUCUAAAUUCAUACUGCUGCGGCACGAAUGAGCCUUCCUGACUUGCCGGUCAUGCGACUCGGGCGUUUAGUCUUGCAGCUGCUGUUGGCGGUAUUGCUCCUGUAUGGACUAGGACAAGCUCAUGGAGACAAUACGAUCACGGUCGCGACUGGGGACAGCUUUAUCGCCGCUUUAGCCGACCCGUUGGGUCCGUCGGAGAUAUACAUUAACGCAGACGUCCUCAAUGUUGCGGAAGCGAGCUUUACAGGUUAUGACGUCCCCGUAGUGCUGAAACGAAACGUAACAGUCAUCGGCAACCCCUAUCGCUACGCGCUGAUCAAUGCCAGCUACACGAACGG